CUCUAACACCGCCAUACUGUAGACAAACUUUGACGUGUUAACUAUUGAGCUGAGGAGGUUGAGGGGCGUCCAUAUAUAAUAUAGCCAUAAUUGCAUGUGUCAUAGAUAUGGGCUCAUCAUCUGAAGAUGAUGGCCACUUGGUUGUGAAGGAGGAAGAAGUCGGAGACGACCUCGGCGAUGACAUGGAUCUCUGGGACUCACACGCCCGCAGAUCUGCCUUUUCUCCCUAUAGGCCAGUAACUGUGUUGACAAACUUGCAACGUGGGAAUAUCCAAACCCAAACUACACAAGCUGAGCCAGAUGACUUCACUCUUCACAACCGAGCAGCCAUGGGGGAACUGUCUGCUGAUGAUCUGAGAGAAAUUGAUGUUGAUGAAAUGGACAGCAGUGGAUUUGCACCAAUUAUGUGGGCAGCAUACUAUGGUCAGCUACCUACUGUGAGACUGCUCAUCCAGAACAGGGCUAAAGUCAACAUAGAGGGAGAAGACGGAGAAACUGCCCUUCUUCUGGCUGCCAGCAACGGCCACCAUGAAAUAAUCAAACUGUUGAUCAGUUUUAGUGCCGACCCCAACCAUGUUGACCAUAUGGGAAAUACUGCAUUAAUGUAUGCAGCACAUAAUGACCAUUCACACUGUGCAAAUGAGCUGCUGGAGCACGGAGCAGACAUCACAGCUACAAAUGUUGCUGGUUCUUCUGCAUUCAGUAUAGCAGUGACCAGAGGAAGCAAACAAGUACAAGUGAUCAUGGAACGCCACUUACUGAAGCUGCUUGAGCCCUCCUGAGACCCUCCUCCCGUACUCUGAGGAUGAUUAAGAGUCCGAUCAUUGUAUGUGUAGUGCCCUAAGAUUUUUAUAUUUAGGUGUUUAUUACUAACAACUGUACUUUUAGUGACAAGAAAUUAAUUUUAUUAGUUUAAUCAUUGUACCUGUGUUAAACAGUUAAUAGAUUUAUAUAGAUUGUUUCAAGACAAUUUAUUGGUGAGAUAGUCCGGGAAAAGUUUAUUAUAUUAGUUUACUGUAGCUGUACUGUAUUGUAGUAAACAUAGAUUCAUACAUUAAGAUGUAGUUUGUUUACUAAUGAUAUUAGUACUUGUAGUAUCUGUAGAUUCAUGUACAGUAGUUCAAUUAAGAUGUUUUAUAUUUAAUGAUGACUGUUUGAGAUAAGAUGCUCAUUGGCUGUGUUGUUUUGAGUUUUAUACAGUGGCACUAUUGAUCAAGCAAAUGGUAUGAUCCUUAGUCCAUUGGGCAUUAUGUGUGUUAAGUUGGAAGAAGUAAGGUAGGUAGGAAGGAAGAGAGAGUAAGCUGUGAUGUGCAGCCAUGUAGAUGUAAACGCUAGCUCGGUAUAGACAAAGUUGGUUGGUAAAAAGUAAACUGCGGAUAUGUGUAUAUGGUUCCAUUGAAGUCCGUCUGAACAAGAGCAACCUGUACAUAUGCUUUUCAUACUGCAGAUGGUUUAUAGGGUUCAUUUUAAAUAACUUCUACAUACUUUGAGAUUUCUGACUGGAAGAUAAAAACUAUGCUCAGGGGCAGAGCUAUGAAUAUUUUGGGGAGCUUAACCUGACGCUAUGUGGAGGUAAAUUAUCGUUAGAAGUCGCACCUUUAUUUGUUGGUAUAUUGUACCUUACAUUAGCCUCAAAGGGUACACGGGCAUAACUGUUCCCAUCCUUGGCCAGGCGACGGGUAACAGGAGGGAACAACUUACUUUCCAGAUCCUCACAUUGUAACACAGGAGUAUAAAAUAUUCAACUAACAAUCUCUCAAUAAAUUUAAUUAUAAAGACAUAGGGACAAACAAAACCUUCAAGAAUCACUAAUUCAUCAUUCUAAGUCGGCUUUACAUAGUUCCAUAUUACAUCAUCUAUACAUCCUCUUGACACUACACUUAACACAAUUCAGUAAAUAUUAAAAGGUUGCCAGGCACAGUUAGUAAGGGCUGUAUCUCCCUAAACUUUCUCCUGCCAAUAUCAAGACCUAACCUUAACUAAUUAGCAAGGCCCUCGAUCACUAAAUAGCACACACAACUUACAUGAUCCACUUCCAUAUGGAGAACACCCCAGCGAUGGUCUGUCUUCUCUUGUCUACUGGUAGGCUUUCCGGAUUUCCCUCACCCUCCCAGUUUUAUAUUCUACCUAAAUGAGUCCCUCCCUUUUCCCAUACCUCUUUGAAGCUUUGAGGUUUUACACCCCAUCUAAUUUCUUCACUUUUGGUUCAUAGCUUCAAAGAUUUGAUAGUCAGCUAGUUUUCCUAUGCUCUGUAGUGGUGAAUGAUGUGGUGGCCAUUCGUGUAACAAUAACUUUGAUUUAAGAUUGAAGGAACAUUUUCUUGGGAAAUUUUAGGUUUUAGGUUGUUGAAAAAGUGAAGUUAGGCUCAUAGGCACUCAUUGAAUCCCCAUGUUGGGUCCAUGUGAGGUGUUAGACAGUGUGUAUUUGUACUGUAUUUGUGUUUUAUUGUUCUUCAUUACCUUGCUGAGAUAAAAAAAGUUUGUUCUUUAUUAUGUUCUCUGUAAGUACAAUACAAUACUCACCUUGCAAUUUGUGGAAAGUUGAAAAUAAGCAGAUGAUGAUUAUCUGAAGGGGUUUCUAUUUCUUGAAAACCUGAAUAAUGAUGUACAGUCGGGGACAAAAGUUGGCUCCCUGUGGUGAAACUGAGUCAAGGGAAUGAGUGUCUGAACUUACCCUGACUGUUGUGCUGUUUUAUCUCAUUUAUUCCAGUAAUUUUUAUCUCGCAUCACAAGUAUAUAUUCAAGUUGUGUUGGUAGUUAGAGCAAAUAAUGGGAGUCAUGUGAAUAAAAUAUAUUUCUUUGUAAUGCCAUUUAUGUGAAGCUAAGAAUUUCCUGAUGAUGGUAGUCAUAGCAGAUGAUGUGGAGUGUUUUUAGCAAGGAAGUGAACUAAGGAGUGUUGGAAUAUACCAGAAUAGCUUUAUAGGCUUACAAUGUAGCUACAGUCCCCCAAAAAAGUAUCGUUAAAUUUUCCGUCGCUAUAAUUUGAAACGCUAGACGAAAUGUUCUUAUAUGAUUCCCAGCGCAUCAUCAUAAGUUGGUACGCUUGCUGGCCAUAUCGGCAACCGCUAGAGAUGAGGGUAGGAUUGGGGGAGGGAGUCAUCCAUGUGUGGCGUACUAGAUACUUAAAUACUGUACGUAUAACAAUAAAUCCCUUGAGCUAUAUUAAUGCGAGUGUUGUUACGAUGCAGGGCGAGAUUUUAACCUGCCCAACAAAACUCUUCAACUUUUUUAGUUUUCUAAGUAAGGAAAAUUAUCUUAAAGGUUUGCAUAUAAGUAAUUUAUUGACAAAAGUAUAACUAAUAACUGAUAACAUAAAUUUUAUACAAAAUCUGUACAAAACAAAAAGGAAAAAAUUAAGCUCACAUAUAAUAAUAAAUGAACCGUUCAGUAAAUCCCUCUUUAACAGUAAAUCAUCAACAGCUCAAUAUAAUUUAUAAUCACUCUGGAGCAGUAAGAGUACACAAUAACACAAGAUAAAUAUGGUUUGGGAGACAGGAGACCACAUGUUGACUUCACGGCUAUUACACUUGAACUCUGAAGUCCACCAUAUUAUCUACCUCCUGGCCAGAACCAAUCGCAGGGCUCCACAUACUAUAGUACUAGGGCAGUCGAGCCUUAUACUUCAGACUUUGACUCCGAUAGCCAGUGCCUUCUUUUGGGCAGAUUCUUCCCUAACCCAAAUCCCCUUUACGGUACUGAUGAAUUAUUUCAUCAUAAUGAUAUCAUUCAAAGGUGGCAGAUGUAGAACUACCAACUUUUCAGAAAGAGGUCAAGUAGCAUUGCUGGGAGAGCCUUGAAUUACAUCGACUCCAUGGCUAACGAUACUUAUUGGGGGGGACUGUACAUUUUGUUAAACCUAAGUUAUAUUUUGAUUCAUAAUUGUAAUUGAACAGUAUACAGUAGGAUUUUUUUUUGAAACCAUGUGUCACUUGGUUUCAUUCUGUUCAUUUUCUAUGAUAAAACUUAGGAUAUUGUGUCAAAUUUAAAAAUGCAGAGGCAGACAAGAGCCAGACCUUCACCAUUAUUACUAUGUACCAGGUAUAUCCUGUAUACAGUUUGGUAUUUCUCCCCAGAUAAAGAGAGAUUAUUUAUUUGAACAAUUGAUGAGGACUGAAAGUAGACCUGUGAAAGUUUUUUAUUGUGGGUAUAUAAUUCUUAUCCUUGCUACCAGUGUAAGAAAUGUGCUUAUUAUUGCAUCAUGUUUUGUGGUCAUUUCAGAUAAUUUUAUGUGAAUUAUUGUUAUAAAUAAACCUUGAAUGGACA